AUGCCUCCUCGACUACCAACAGUUCAGGCUUUUCGCAGGACGAGGCCUAUUCUACCCUUCGCUGCAGAAUCGUUCCUAUCCCCUUUCCUCCAGUCGCGCCAGUCAUCCAUUCUUUCAAACCUGUCCGACAAUGCAGGAGCGUACAACAAACGUAUUCGUCGUGGUCGUGGACCCUCGUCAGGAAAGGGCAAAACGGCAGGGCGUGGCCAUAAAGGACAAAAGUCUCGUGGAACGGUACCGGCGCGGUUCCAAGGAGGUCAAACACCACUGGAAAUCGUCCAUGGAGUGAGAGGAUUUGAGAAUCUAUUCUCGGUUGAUAUGUCCACCGUCAACUUGAAUCGAAUCCAGGAGUGGAUAAAUCAGGGCCGACUCGAUCCAACAAAACCGAUUACGGUCAAGGAAUUGGCCGAAUCGCGAUGUCUCCAUGGAGUAAAGGACGGGGUGAAGGUUUUGGCAAGGGGAAAGCAAGACUUGAAAACACCAAUAAACUUAUUGGUUUCGAGAGCAUCUGCGGCCGCUAUCGAAACCAUUGAAGCUGCUGGCGGAAGCGUUACCACGAGAUAUUACACGAAACAGUCUAUAAGGCGUCUUCUGAAGGGCGAGUCGGAAUCCAGCUUCGUACCACUUUCUCAAUCUUUCAGUAAAUCGGAAACAGAAUCUAGCACAGGCGCUGCAAACACGCCCAUCGCAUCCCCCUUUUUAUAUCGUUUACCGGACCCGACCAGCCGAAAGGAUCUGGAAUACUAUCGAGAUCCAGCACAUCGAGGGUAUCUCAGUCACCUGUUAGAGAAAGGUCAAGGCCCAAGUUUGUUUUUCAAGACCCCGGGAGUUGGAGUUCGGAAGAAGACGAAGAAGCCAGGAGAGGCACAAGCCGCAGAGAAGAACAGGCUGUGGUAA